AUGAACGGUGGCAGUGAAACGAAGCAAAGAUUCUCAAAGAGUCGCAAUGGCAUGUCCGUCUUGAGCUUUUCUUUCCAGAACAGGUGCGCUCGGCGGAGAAUCACGUGCGGCGGCUAUCGGAUUGAUGUGCGGUGGAAGCAGGCACCAGAGCCCAAGACACACAGCUCACCGAGAAGGAAUAAGUCAAUUUCAUCAUCGCAAGUGCUGCGUCCGAGUGCAACAAAUCGAGUGUCAAUAUCGAACCGUCCUAUCUUAGCAAACAAUGGCACGAACCAAACGGCCAUUGGCAACUCGCAGUCGCAGUCGCAGUCGCAGUCGCAGUCGACAGAACUAGGAACUGACAGAAUAGAGGACAUGAUUUUCUCAACUCCGGACAAUAGUCAGCCUAUGAGUAUUUCGACUCCACGUUCACUUGGCUUCUUCUUUUCCGACUUCAAUCAAUGUAUACACCCGGCGUUGACAUCACCUGAGCGAGUGUCACGCAGCUCAAAUGCAUCCCCGAAUGGACAGGACGAGAACACUCAGUUCAGUGGCAUUGACUACUCUUCUGAACUAUGGAAUAUGGACACGUUCUGGGAAGAAUAUUUGAGACCUCUCCCAAUGACGCCACUUGAUCAGGACCUCUCAACGAGUGAUGCGCGAAACCUACAGGAGACAUCCCGAGAAGAUGAGGCAGAGCGCAUAGCUUAUCUCUUUCACCAGCACACUUGUCGCACGUUUUCGAUUAUCGAUGAAGGGGAUGAACAGAACCGUUGGAAGACAUUGAUCUGGCCGCUGGCAAAAGAACAUCCUGCGCUGUACCACGCUAUCGCAGCACUUGUAUGCUUUGGUAUAAGCAGGCAAGAGCAGCCCCAGUUGCGAUUAGAUGGUUUGCGGCACGUACAGAGAAGCACUCAACUGUUAUCUGAAACCGUGGAGAGGGGAGAUAUACCGCUCGAUGCUGCGUUGGCCGCUACUUUGGCCCUCGCGUUCGCGGAAACUUGGGACGACGAAAGCUCAUCUACAGCUCCAAACCAUAUUCUUGGAUGUGGAGUACUGCUGCAGCAAAUCUUAUCGAAUCAGGACCCCACAUUAUUCAGUGACGAGAAGGCAGCACGUUUGGACUUCCUGGCGCACACAUGGAUGUAUAUGGAUGUUCUUGCUCGCUUCACCUGUAGUGAGCUAUCGCCAAGUUCUGGAAACGUUUCUCUAGAUCUGAGCCUGCUGGAAUUUCUCCGACAAGAUCGCACGAGACUGGACCCUUUGAUGGGAUACUCUGCGACAUUCUUUCCAAUCAUGAGACGUGUUGCGGAUCUCAUCAAUAAAGUCAAGGCGCGAGAGUCGUCACGGAACUCUCCAGCCAUCAUAUCUCAAGCAAUCGAGCUACGAAGAGAAAUCGAGAACUGGACACUGCCAAUCGACUUGGAAGCCAUUGAAGACCCAUCACAAGUCAUGAUCGAUGCGAUUCAAACAGCCGAAGCAUACCGAUGGUCGACCUUGAUGUUCAUGUACCAAGCGGUACCAGAGCUUCCCAACCUUACUUCAUACGGCGAGCUGGCUCAAAAGAUCCUCGUGUACCUGGCCACGAUAUCUUUAAGCUCAACUACGAUAAUCCUACACAUCUUCCCGCUCAUGGUCGCCGGAUGCGACGCUGUAGAAGAAGAAGAUCGUCAAUUUGUCCGCGAGCGAUGGCACGCAAUGUCAAAAAGUAUGGUAACCGGUAUCAUUGACCGCUGCAUCAAGAUUACCGAAGAAUUGUGGCGGAGAAGAGAGGAGUAUCUAUGGUCGCGCGGACUCGCCUUCACAGCGAACGGUCGCCAGAUCAACACGACGCUGAGCGAAUCAAGGGCGCUUUCGAAAGACAUUGCUCAAUUCAUAAAUCUGGACAGAAGCCCCGGUACUACGGUGCCAAAUCAUGAACGGCCUGUCCGCAAAGGGAACCACUUUCCUAUCUCCGCGGCGUUUAGGAAGGGCGUUGAUAUUAUUACGAGGUCGGGAUGCACGGAUUAUACGUUAUGCUUGGUUGAUGCAACGAUGUUUAUGUAG